AUGGGGAAAAGCUGCAGAGUCGGAAAGUUGUGCAUUCUGUGCGUGGUCUUGGCCUUGGUCUCCGUGGCGACCAUUGUCACGUUGUGGACUAUUGCCCUGACGGGGGGGGACGGGGGUGAUGACGUCACGGCUCCUUGGGACAGGCAUCGUCUCUCCAGCGCUCUGGUCCCUGAACGUUACGACAUCAGCCUGUGGCCUCGGCUCAGCCGUGACCCGACCUCCGGCCUCUACAUCUUCACCGGAAAAUCCACAGUGGAGUUUGAGUGUGUGAAGGAAACACAACUGAUCCUGAUUCACUCCAACAAACUCAACUACACCGUGCUGAACAACACACACACUGUGAGAAUCACCGCUGCAGGGGACGGCUCUGCUCCCGGCGUCCAGGCGACCUGGUUACAGCCGGACACUCAGUUCCUGGUCAUCCAGCUGAACGGGGACCUGACUCCGGGUCAGAGAUACCAGCUGUUCACCGAGUUCACCGGAGAACUGGCUGACGACCUGGCCGGGUUCUACAGGAGCGAGUACCAAGAGGACGGAACCAGGAAGAUCAUCGCCACGUCUCAGAUGCAUCCGACUCACGCCAGGAAGACGUUCCCGUGUUUCGACGAGCCGGCGAUGAAAGCUGUGUUCUACAUCACGCUGACUCAUCCUCCUGGAACCGUGGCCCUGUCCAACGGGAUGGAGAGAGAAAUUGUGAACACAACUAUCGACGGAGUGGCCGUGACUCAGACCACGUUCGAGCCGACGAAGAGAAUGUCGACGUAUCUGCUCGCCCUCAUCGUCUGUGACUACACAAACCUCAGUGCUACACAAGGAGACACUCUGAUCCGUAUCUGGGCUCGCCGGUCGGCCAUCGAUCAGGGACAAGGAGACUACGCCCUCAAUGUGACUGGACCUGUGCUGGACUUCCUCCAGUCGUACUAUAACAUCUCCUACCCGCUGAGCAAGUCAGAUCAAAUCGCGAUACCCGACUUCUACUUUGGCGCGAUGGAGAACUGGGGUUUGGUGACGUACAGAGAAACCAAUCUUCUCUACGACCCUCUGACCUCGUCCAUCAGGAACAAGGAGACCACUGCCACCAUCAUCGCCCAUGAGCUGGCCCACAUGUGGUUCGGGAACCUGGUGACUCUGCGCUGGUGGAACGAGGUGUGGCUGAACGAAGGCUUCGCUUCCUACGUGUCCUACCUGGGCGCCGAUCACGCCGAGCCCGCCUGGAACCUGAAAGACCUGAUCAUACUUGACGACGUCCACCGGGUGUUUGCGGUGGACGCGUUGACCUCGUCUCAUCCUCUGUCCUCAGAAGAAGACAGCAUCAUCCUUCCAGACCAGAUCGGCCAACAGUUCGACGUCAUCUCCUACAGCAAAGGUGCAGCCGUGCUUCGGAUGUUGUCUGAUUUUCUCUCCGAGUCGAUCUUCGUCCAGGGACUCAGCCGGUACCUCAACCACUUCGCCUACAGCAACACAGUAGGAAAUGACUUGUGGCAACAAUUACAACUGGUGGUGGAAGCCAACAACGUGUCACUUCCUGGUCCAGUUGGUGACAUCAUGAACCGCUGGGUGCUCCAGAUGGGCUUCCCUGUGGUUACCAUAGAUACCACAACAGGAGCGGUAUCCCAGAAGCACUUUCUGCUGGAUCCAGAGUCAAAGGUCACAGCGGAAUCCCCUUACAGGUACGAGUGGAUGAUUCCUGUUCGGUGGAUGAAGUCCGGUGAAGUCCAGAGAGACAUGUGGUGGCUGAUGGAAAAGGAAGCUGUGAACCUGGAGAUGAAGACUGGAGGUUUGUGGAUUCUGGCCAACGUCAAUGUCACUGGGUUUUACCGAGUCAACUACGACCUGGGGAACUGGGAGCGGCUCCUCGCUCAGCUGGAGUCCGAGCACCAGGUGAUCCCGGUGAUCAACAGAGCGCAGCUGGUGGACGAUGCUUUCAACCUGGCCAGAGCUCGGUUCAUCUCCACCUCUCUGGCUCUGAGGACGACCUCCUACCUGCUGCUGGAGACCGAGUACAUGCCCUGGCAGUCGGCUCUGAACAACCUGCAGUACUACGACCUCAUGCUGGACCGGACUGACGCUUAUCAGCCAAUGCAGAACUACAUGAGGAAGCUGGUGACUCCACUCUUUCUGCACUUUAAGAACAUAACAUCAAACUGGACCCGUGUUCCUGACGGACUCACGGACCAGUACAACCAGGUCAAUGCCAUCUCCAUGGGCUGCAAGACAGGACUCACAGAAUGUCAGAGCUUGACCACAGCCUGGUUCAAACAGUGGAUGGAAAACCCCAGAGACAAUCCGAUCCAUCCGAACCUGCGUACGACCGUGUACUGCAGCGCGGUGGCGGCCGGCGACGAGGCCGAGUGGGAGUUUGGUUGGUCCCAGUUCAAGAACGCCACAUUAGCCAGCGAGGCGAGCAAACUCAUGUCUGCUCUGGCCUGCACCAAAAACAAGCAGCUGCUGCAGAGGUUCCUGUCUCACACCUUGAAUCCAGCUAUGAUCCGGAAGCAGGACGCCACCUCCGUCAUCACGUCCGUCGCCAGCAACAGGGAGGGACAGAGUCUGGCCUGGGACUUUGUCCGGGAUCAGUGGGAGUACAUGUUCACACAAUAUGGCGUUGGCUCUUUCUCCUUCGCCUCCAUGAUCAGCGGCGUCACCGCGAGGUUCUCCACAGCCGCUGAACUUCAACAGCUGGAGGACUUCGUGGAGCAGAACAGUGCCGCCGGGUUCGGUUCUGCGACGCUGGCGGUGGAACAGGCGGUGGAGAGAACCAGAGCCAACAUCAAGUGGCUUCAGCUGAACAAACAGGAGAUCCUGGACUGGUUCAACAGCCAGAGCCGACAUCAGAUACAGAGACAGUGUGCUCACAGUCGUCUCACGUGUAACAAAGACGAAUAA